AUGGCCACUGAUGCGGAUGACUGGGUUAAGUCAUGCGAGACAUGUGCCGUAAACGGAAGGCCAGAGAAACCCACUCCGAUGAAUCGUAUAUUCGCUCCUAAAACGGUUUGGGAAACGAUAGCAAUCGACUUCAACGGCCCUUAUGCAAGAUAUGGAGGAGUUUCGAUAUUAGUCAUAAUCGAUUACAGAUCGAGAUACGCAAUUGCAAGACCAGUAAAAUCAACUAGCUUCGAAAACAUGAAGAAGAUCCUUGAUGACGUGUUCAGCAAAGAAGGGUAUCCUGAUCUUAUAAAGUCGGACAACGGUCCACCAUUCAACGGCGAAAACUACAAAAGCUACUGCAACGAAAGAGGAAUACAGACAGUUUUCUCCAUGCCAUUCUUUCCUCAACAGAAUGGUUUAGUGGAGAAUUUCAUGAAAGUCGUAAAUAAGGCGAUGUCCGCGGCUUCAAGUGGGGGCAAUUUUAAUGACGAACUGCAGGCAGCUGUCAUUGCACAUAUUGCAGCGGCCCAUUCAGUCACUAGGAUGCCUCCGGAAGAGGUUAUGUAUGGAAGAAAAAUCCGUCGAGGUCUACCACUACUAAACCGUGGUAAAGCGAAUAUAGAUGGGCAAUUAUUGGACGCAAGAGACGCCGAAGUAUUCAAAAGCUCAUGCAGAUGCUCGACGAGAUGCGAAACCGUGCAGCGUACGCCCGGGGGACGUUGUUAUUCUUGA